AUGUCCAUAUCGAAAUUUUACGACAGUCGUGAGGUAUUUGUAACGGGAGUAACGGGAUCUUUGGGAAAGGUGCUUUUAGAGAAAUUGCUAAGGUCCUGCAAUAAUGAAAAGAUUUACGUUUUAAUCAGAAGCAAAAAAGGAAUGACAGCGGAAGAGAGGAAGAUGGAAUUGUUUCGUUCUAAAAUUUUCGAAAAUGUUUUACUGAAAAAUCCGGAAAUUACGGAUAAAGUUGAAUGCAUCGAAGGGGACCUCACAAGAGAGAACUUAGAAAUUUCCUCGUGUCAUAUGAAUUUGAUAACGAAGAAUGUUUCGGUGGUGUUUCACUUGGCCGCUUCGGUUAAAUUCGAUGAACCUUUUCGAGAUUCGUUCGUCAAUAACGUAGAAACGACAAAAAAUGUGGUAGAAGUUUGUCGUCAAAUGAAAAAUUUAGUGGCAUUCGUACACGCAUCUACCGCUUAUUCUUUCUGCGACAGAAAGGAAGUGGAUGAAAAAAUCUAUACAAUGGCCAGAAGUUACGAGGAAUUUAAGAACAUUGCAAAUGUAGAGAAUUACUCUUCGGUAGAGAUAACAAAAGAAAAUCUUUUGGAAAAUCGACCCAAUACUUAUACUUUAACAAAGGCCAUAACAGAAAAUUAUUUAAAUAAUUUCUGUAGAGAUUUGCCUGUAGUAAUUGUAAGACCUUCUAUUGUGAUUAGUACUUGGAAGGAACCUUUUUCCGGAUGGAACGAUGGCAAUAGUGGAACAGAUUAUGCAGCAGCAAUUGGAUUGAAAGGAAUACUUCGAAGCAUGUUGUGUGACGAAGCGAAAAUUUGUGAUUUCGUUCCAUCGGAUACAGUGGUUAAUUUGAUGUUGGCUGCUGCUUGGAGAAAGUCAAUAAUGCCUCAUCGAAGAGAAGAAAUUGCAGUUUACAAUUGCACUUCAGGAUCCAUAAAUCCUUUCACUUUGCAACAGUUUUUCAAAUGUUUAAAUAUUCAUUAUUGGAAACAUCCCUCGGAGAACACAUUUUUAUAUCCAACAAAUAUACCCAAGAAGAAUUAUUAUUGGAAUCGUGUAUGCAUUAUGACGCAACAUGAACUUCCUGCAAUGCUAGCCGAUGUAUUACUAGUUGCUAUUGGGAGGAAACCAAAGAUGAUGAAAGUCUACGAUAAAGUUCAUAAUAAAAUAAGCACGAUGGAAUACUUUUCUACUAGAGAUUGGAAGUUUAGCACUAGAAACGUUCAGGAAUUGCUGGAAAGGAUGUCGACGAAAGAUGAACAGUGUUUCGAUUUUGACAUCUCAAAACUUAAUUGGGACCGUUACAUGGAAGAUUACUUUCUGGGCAUCAGAAGAUUUGUUUUGAAGGAAGAUGACUCGACCAUCGCUCGAAGCAGAAAACUAAUAUUAAUGAAAUAUUAUAUUAUUUUACUCGCAAAAUGUGUAUUGCUUUUCGGAUUUCUUUACAUCCUGAGUUUCUAUUCAUUCUAAUUUUUCCUAGAUAAAGUUUAUUGGUUUUUUAAAGUUAAAAGCUAUUAUAUCCUAGUAUUCUUGUAACAAUUAUUACUCUGUCACGAUAUAAACCAUAGAAUAUACUAAGAAAAUGUGAUUAUCGAUGUACCAGGAAAAAAGUGAUGUCUAAAUUUUUGUGUCUAAUUAAAACCU